CGAUGAUCCAUCCUCCCCUCGCGCCCGCGCCACUCUCCUUCGCGCUCCCGCCCUUCUGGUGCCGCCGAGCGGCCACAGGCGAAGCAACUUUGCUCGUGCCGGGGAUGGCCAGACCUGUCCCGCGCAGAGCCUGCAAGGCCAUGGACAUGUUGGGUUGGCUGCUGCCGCUGCUUCUGCUACUGGGCGCGCAGCCGCACCACGGCGCCAGAGCAAUGAAUGACAUCGGAGACUACGUGGGCUCCAACCUGGAGAUAUCCUGGCUCCCUAACCUGGAUGGCCUAAUGGAGGGCUAUGCCCGAAACUUCCGACCAGGCAUUGGCGGUCCUCCUGUGAACGUGGCACUUGCCCUAGAGGUAGCCAGCAUUGACCACAUAUCUGAGGCAAACAUGGAAUACACCAUGACAGUAUUCCUGCACCAGAGCUGGCGGGACAGCAGGCUCUCCUAUAACCAUACCAAUGAGACCCUAGGUCUGGACAGCCGCUUUGUGGACAAGCUAUGGCUUCCUGAUACCUUCAUUGUGAAUGCCAAGUCUGCCUGGUUCCAUGAUGUGACUGUGGAAAACAAGCUUAUCCGCCUACAGCCUGACGGUGUGAUCUUAUACAGCAUCCGCAUCACCUCCACAGUGGCCUGUGACAUGGACCUCGCCAAGUACCCCAUGGAUGAGCAGGAAUGUAUGCUGGACCUGGAGAGCUAUGGCUACUCUUCUGAGGACAUUGUCUAUUAUUGGUCAGAAAACCAGGAGCAGAUCCAUGGGCUCGACAGGCUGCAGCUGGCCCAGUUCACCAUCACCAGUUACCGCUUCACCACAGAGUUGAUGAACUUCAAAUCGGCUGGCCAGUUCCCGAGGCUCAGUUUGCACUUCCAGCUUCGGAGGAACCGGGGUGUCUACAUCAUCCAGUCUUACAUGCCCUCUGUCCUGCUGGUUGCCAUGUCCUGGGUCUCCUUCUGGAUUAGCCAGGCAGCAGUGCCUGCCAGGGUAUCUCUAGGCAUCACUACUGUGUUGACAAUGACCACACUCAUGGUUAGUGCCCGCUCCUCCCUGCCACGGGCUUCUGCUAUCAAGGCCUUGGAUGUGUAUUUCUGGAUCUGUUAUGUCUUUGUGUUUGCUGCCCUGGUGGAGUAUGCAUUUGCUCACUUCAACGCUGACUACAGGAAGAAGCGAAAGGCCAAAGUCAAGGUCACAAAGCCAAGGACAGAGAUGGAUGUGAGGAACGCCAUUGUUCUCUUCUCCCUCUCGGCUGCUGGGGUCAGCCAGGAGUUGGCCAUCUCCCGUCGUCAGGGCCGUGUCCCUGGGAACCUCAUGGGCUCCUAUAGGUCUGUGGAAGUGGAGGCAAAGAAAGAGGGGAUGUCCCGCCCAGGGGGCCCAGGAGGCAUCCGUUCCAGACUCAAACCCAUUGAUGCAGACACCAUCGACAUCUAUGCCCGAGCUGUGUUCCCUGCAGCUUUCGCGGCUGUCAACAUCAUCUACUGGGCAGCAUAUACCAUGUGACAGCAGCACAGCCGCUGCCGCUUCACUCACCCUGCUGCUGGGGUGGUGGUGGCCAGGAGCUCCUGGAGGAGUGGCCCUCUCUGUGGGUCUCAAAGUGGGACAGAGAGGAAGCUGCAGCUUCCUGAGCUUUACCUCAGCUUUGUCCGAAAGACCAACCAGCAUUUCUUGCAGAUGGAGCAGGAUUGGUUUUGCAUAGAGGGCUGGCCAUAGCUAACCUGACUCUGAAGCUGAGCCUGGCACUGCUGGGCCCAUGGGAGCUAGGAAUUUUUAGACUCAGAGUGAUCCUGAUUUCUGGGCUUUUGCUCUGUGGGAUCAGGAUCAGAGAGAAGGAGAGUGGAAGAGAAUGACCACUUUCAUGGUGAACUGGGGGAGAUGGGCAUUACAAGGCCUCUUUGGUCCCAGCAUGAAAUAAAGCCUUGACCUGGC